AUGCACAAACCGUACACGUCACCAACGAUAGUCGUGCGAAAACCGUUCUUUGUGGGUGAUAACUUAAAACCUGCAAUCGGUGCCUACAUUUUUAAAAUCUGCUUAUACUUUAAGAUACUCUUCCACCGCUAUGGUUGCGUACUGAAAAUUAUCGUGUUUAAAAUGUCCGGCCGAAACCAGGCAUUUGUUGAAUUCGCCAGUCCGGUAUCUGCUCAUGUCGCCCUCUUGCAAAUGGAUGGCACGCUGUUGUGCACAACUCAGGCAAAACUCAAAGUCGAAUUCUCGAGACAGACUUCAUUGGAACUGCGACAGGAUGAUAAUACCAGCCGUGACUUUAUUGCCCAACCACUCAGUGCUCAAGAACAGGCUGAAAUAGCCUCAACCGCUUUGCUAGUUCAUGUCCUCAAAUGUAUCAAGGCCCUGACAAUGCAAUCGGAUGAAGUUGUCCCAUUUUCUGACCCCAGCGCCCUCCUCAUGCCCUUUAACAGCCGCGUAAAAACCAACUGUGAGUGGGUUUUGUGA